UUACGACGCAUUCUUGUCAUCCAAAUGUAAGAGGACACCGCUUCCUGGUGUGGAGUAAUAAUAAUGGGCUGAUGAGAGAGUGAGAAGGUAGUCGGUAACAGUCCACGGUGUGACCUGCUCUGAUUUGACGAGUCUGCGGAUAAAGUAAGAGACACUGUAUUCAGUCGGAGAAAUGUCUGCCGUAAACAAAUCUGCAGAGGAUGGCGACUCCUUCUCUUCAAAGGUCAUCUACAUAGUAUUUAUCAUCCUGCUUCUGGACCUGCUGGGAUUUACACUGAUUCUACCUCUGCUGCCUUCAAUUUUGGACCAUUAUGCACAAAUGGGGGAUGUUGUGUAUCAGUCUCUUCAGAGUGUUGUGGACUGGUUCAGGGAGGCCGUGGGGAUUCCUUUGGAAAAGAAAUACAACGCUGUCCUGUUUGGAGGUCUGAUCGGGUCACUGUUUUCUCUGCUGCAGUUUCUAUCGUCGCCUCUAACGGGGGCUCUGUCAGACCGCCAUGGCAGAAGACCCUUACUCAUCCUUACCACAUUAGGGCUGAUCUCCUCCUACGCAGUCUGGGCCGUUUCCCGGAGCUUUAGCAUGUUCCUUUUGUUUCGAGUAAUUGGGGGCAUUUGUAAGGGCAACGUCAGCCUUUGCACUGCCAUCGUGGCCGACUUGCCUUGCCCGAAAGCACGGAACCGAGGAAUGGCCAUGAUUGGCAUUGCCUUCUCCUUGGGUUUCACCGUUGGACCUCUGAUGGGUGCCUACUUUGCCAUCAGCUCAAGAACAACAGGAAAUAUCUUCUACCAGACUCCAGCACUGCUCGCCUUGGCCUUUAGUGUUGCUGAUCUGGUGUUCAUUUGGCUCAUGCUGCCAGAGACACUCAAAAAGGAUGUCAAGGAUCCUUCAACAGGGUUUGGGGACUCCAGGGACCUUCUGAACCCAUUAUCUUUGUUCCAUUUUACAGCUGUUACCAAAUCAAAAGACCCACCUUCAAAAAAAAGAAUGCAGAAACUACAUGUGCUGGGCCUGGUUUAUUUUUGCUACCUCUUCCUGUUCUCUGGUCUGGAAUUCACAUUGAGUUUUCUGACACACCAACGCUUCCAAUUUACAAGUAUGCAGCAGGGAAAGAUGUUCUUCUUUAUUGGUGUCAUCAUGGCUCUGAUCCAGGGAGGUUAUGCUCGCAGAAUCAAACCCGGGCACCACAUCAGAGCUGUUCAUAUGGCAAUCAUAGCGUUAAUCCCAGCGUUCAUUCUCAUCGGGCUCUCAUGGAACAUACUGAUGCUUUACAGUGGCUUGGCGUUAUACUCAUUUGCAGCUGCAAUCGUAGUUCCAUGCCUGUCGACGCUUGUUUCUGACCAUGGCUCUGCCAAUCAGAAGGGUACGGUCAUGGGGAUUUUGCGUAGUCUGGGCGCUCUGGCCCGAGCACUGGGACCAGUGGUGGCAUCCUCAGUUUACUGGAUCGCUGGAGCUCAGAUAUGCUUUCUUCUCACAUCAGCCUCUUUCAUUAUACCUCUGGUUCUUCUGAGAACUGCUCAGAGGCUAAAGGAGGAGUGAGAGACACAAAGACUUGGAAGAGACAUUUUGAUGUUUUAUAAGUUUGAUGAAUGUUAAAAUGUUUACAUCAUGCAAGAAAACAAGCACUGACUUAGUACUGAUAUAAGCAAAAAUAAUAAGGAGAUGUUUACUUUCUGCACUGUUCAGCAAGUAUUAAUACAUGAAACAAAAUAAUGCAAUAAGACGAUGCACAUGCCUAAACAGAGAGAUGUUAUUGUACAAAUGAGAAAUGAGUGGACAUAAAAUUGUGAAAUGUUUGAGUUUGGUUGGAUUACAUAUAACAUUUAUGCUCGUGGAACAUAUAUAUCAUUUUUAUAAUUCAGUAUUUUAUCACUCAGAGUUUGUAUUUUACAAAAUCGCUUUUUUAUUUUAGCUGAGUUUAAAAAUGUGGAUAUUCUAUUUUCUUGUAAUUAUAAAAGAAUAAACAAGAAAGUCAACA